AUGGUGAAUACUCAAAGAAGAUUAGCAGUUGGACCUAGGACGCCCGUCCCACAAGCUGGUAACACCAAAGGAAACACGAGUAGACACCCAGAAGGCGACUCUAGCCAAGAAACCGGGAGUAGUAGACUGGACCAGAUGGAGCGAAUUUUGGGAGGUGUGGUGGGUCUCAUACACGAGACUCACUCCAGGGAUGGUCACGUGGCCAACAUGCUUGACUUGUACCGACGGCAGAACCCUCGCGUCUUUCAGGGGAAAAUUGGUGCCGACCCCAGUGAAGGGGAAUUUUGGAUCGAGCAAACAGAGAAGUUGCUGGAUCACCUUCACUGUAGCGAAGAAGAGAAAGUUAAUUGUGCUACCUUUAUGUUGCAAGGAGAGGCAGACAGAUGGUGGAGAGGAGUCAAGAGAUCAAUGACCCCUCGAGUCAGGGCACCUUACAUCACUUGGGAAAGAUUCAAAGAAGUCUUCAACGAGAAGUACUUCCCUCUGAAUUUAAGAAUGAAGAAAGAAAGAGAGUUCAUGGAGCUGAGACAGACCGGAGACAUGUCUGUCGCCCAGUACGAGGACGCCUUCAGUCGAUUGAUCCGAUACAUGCCGAUUUACGAAGGAGACGAAAGGAUCAAGGCUCAGAAAUUUUUGGGAGGGCUAAACCUAAAACUUCAGAGGGCAUUGAGUAGUGCAAGUACCCAGACCUAUACAGAAGCGGUACUGCAAGCCUAUACCAUCGAGGCUAACCUGAGCCGGAUUGACGCUAUCCAAGGAGAAAUUCAGCAGGGGAGCAAUCAUAGAGCUGGCAAGAAGCUAGAACCCCAGAAGCCGAAAUUCAAGCCUGGUACCCCAUGCGCAAAAUGCCAGAAGCAGCACCCAAGAAGGCCGUGCCGGCUAGGGACAAAGGGGUGUUACAAUUGUGGAGAAAUAGGGCAUCUCAACCAGAACUGUCCAAAGAAAGGAAUUACUUGUUUCAACUGCCAGCAGACGGGCCAUUUCGCAAAGGACUGUCCCAAGCCGCGACUGAUAAGCCAACCCCAGGGGACGUCUGGGAAUGCUAGAGCACAUCAAGGAAGAGUGUUUCAUCUAACACGGCAGGAUGCGGCAGAGGAUCCAACAGUAAUUGAAGGUACUAUGUUUCUAUCUGGUAUCCCCAUGCAUGCAUUAAUAGAUUCAGGUGCAAGUUACUCAUUCAUUUCGCAUGCAUUUGCUAAAAUAGUAGGGGACAAACCAGAAAAUUUGAAUUGUCGAAUGAUUGUCACAACCCUAAUGGGGAAGUCUCUAGAAACUUCAUCAGGGUACAAAGAUAGAAAGAUUCAAAUAGGAGAAGUUGAGUUCUCAGUCAAUCUAAUUCUUCUGGAAUUUCAAGAUUUUGAUGUGAUUCUAGGAAUGGACUUCCUAACUAAGUACAACGCCACAGUGGACUGUAAAGCUAAGACAGUCUGCCUUAAUAGCGGCGACUUGAACGUCAAGUUUCGAGGGCAAAUGAGGGUAAGUGAACAGAAGUGGAUCUCGGCUCUGAAGGCUGAAAGACUGUUGUGUCAAGGGGCACAGGGAUACUUGGCUUGUGUUCAAGAGAAAAGCAAUGAGCCCUUAAAGAUCGAAGAAGUGCGACUCGUUAAAGAAUUCGGGGAUGUGUUUCCCGAAGAAUUACCUGGACUGCCACCCUAG